GAACGCCCCGCCAGACCACAGUAGUCAGUCACCGAUCUGUGUUGCUAAUGACAGUUGUAUGCUAGCUAAAGUCAUGGCGUUACUUAAACAGAGUUGCUGUAUUGCAGGUCGCUUUUCCACAAACCACUUAUGGUCGAGUCCUCGAUCCAUCCCACAUCUUUCUACAAACUGUCUGACAACUGCUGCCAGAUCCUCCUCGGACCGGGUUGACCGGAAGAAGGCGCUUCAGAGCGACGAUGGUCCCGAUCUACAGGACUUCAUUUCAGGGGAACUGUCGGAGAAAUCCAAGUGGGAAGACUACAAAGGAAAUCUGAAGAGGCAGAAAGGAGAAAGGCUGAGACUUCCCCCAUGGUUGAAAACGGAGAUCCCCAUCGGAAAGAACUUCAACCGGCUAAAGAACACCCUGAGAGAUCUCAACCUACACACAGUGUGCGAGGAGGCCAGGUGCCCAAACAUCGGGGAGUGUUGGGGAGGAGGAGAGUAUGCCACGGCUACAGCCACCAUCAUGCUGAUGGGAGACACGUGCACUCGCGGCUGCAGGUUCUGCUCGGUAAAGACGGCCCGUCGGCCCCCUCCUCUGGAUCCAGACGAGCCGUACAACACCGCCAAAGCCAUUGCUGCCUGGGGACUGGACUAUGUGGUUCUGACCUCUGUUGACAGAGAUGAUAUUUCUGAUGGUGGAGCAGCUCACUUUAGCAAGACUGUGUCAAACCUGAAGGAAAGAAACCCUCAGAUCUUGGUUGAGUGUUUGACUCCAGAUUUUCGGGGUGACCUGGUGGCGGUAGAGACGAUCGCGCUGUCAGGCUUGGACGUGUACGCCCACAAUGUGGAGACAGUGCGUGAACUGCAAAGAUACGUUCGUGACCCCAGAGCAAACUUUGACCAAUCGCUGAGUGUUUUGAAGCACGCUAAAAAGGUCAAGCCCACUUUGCUCACCAAGACGUCCAUCAUGCUGGGGCUCGGAGAGACGGACGAGCAGAUCUUAAACACUCUGACAGAGCUGCGAGAGGCGGGCGUGGACUGUCUCACGCUUGGCCAGUACAUGCAGCCCACAAAACGACACCUGAAAGUUGAGGAAUAUAUUCCCCCGGAAAGGUUUGCACACUGGGAAGAAGUUGGGACUAAAAUGGGAUUUGUGUACACAGCCAGCGGGCCUCUGGUUCGGUCCUCCUACAAAGCAGGUGAAUUCUUCUUGAAGAAUUUACUGAAGAACAGAAAAGCUGAAGCUCCUGCAGAUGAAUGAGGAGAAGCUGCUCUAGAAUCUCACAGUUUGAAAGAAAAUGUUUCAUCCAUCAACUCAAUAAUCAGCUUUUUUUUAAUCUGUAAACUGUUAAACACACAUAUGUAAGUCCUGAGUGCAACAGAAAAACUAAUGUUUUUAUUUAUUCAGAAAAUAAAAACUUAUGGUUAUUCUUAUAGAAAGUCUAUGGUUUUCACCAACAAUGUUCCAGAUCAAACUGGAUCUAAAUGUGUGUAUAUUUAAACAUGUGACCUACUGGGUAUCAUAACUCAAUUGAAUUCAUGAAAAAAAGCAAAAUGUUUUCCUGCAGUUCUUAGCUCACUUUGCACUCUUUAUUCUGUUGUCACACUAACCUGUCAUGUUUUCCUGCUUCAAAAGGCUACUAUAUAUACACCAAAUAUACUGUACUUUCUAUAUUGUUUAAACAAUGACAACAUUUUGGGAGUAAAAAUGACUUUCUUACAUGAAAAACAGGCCUGAAAAUGGUAGUGAGACGUCUGUAUGAUGCUGAUAUUUAUUCUAGGUUUGACUUUUGUUCUGGCUUUGUUUAAAACAACUUGUAAAGUCAUUAAAUCUUAUGAGCAAACGUUUGUUCUGUGAUCAAUUCCUACAAAAAAACCCAGAAAAGUUGCUUCCAGUUUCACAAAAUUAAUAUUAAAGUUAAAUAUGUCAAAGUCAUGUACAGCAAUUUGAUUAAAGUCACAUAAUGUUUAGUCCUCACUCUGCAUCAUGUUUAUUUUUAUGCUUUUUAGCCAAAAUAUAAAAGGGUAUUUUGGCACUUGAACAGGAGGUGCCACUGUAGCGGGGAUAAAUGUAUUUCAGGUACUCCUUCGGAAAAAUUUGGUCUGUAAUUUUCCUCUGUUAGACAGAAUGCAAAAAAAAAAAAAAAAAA